AUUCCCGCUUGAUCAGGGCAAGACCAAAACAAAGUGAAAAAAUCCAGUACAUUACCCCCAACCACGACAAAUAUGUUACUCCGGUAAUAAAUUAUCGACAGACGACAGUCGCUCUCUCUCUCAAGUAUAUGUCUCUUCAAUUCCGUUGAUUAAAAAACAGAACACAGUAACCAUCUACACUCGCCCUCACCGUACUAUAAAAAUUGAAAUCGUAGUCGCGCGAACUCUCUAUUUGAAGUUUGAAGUUUGAAAUUUGAAAGUGAUGGCGGAGGCGGAGGGUUGGGUGCUGCCGCAGGCGGUGGAGCAACUGAUAGAGCAAAUAUGCAGGGAGCAGAACCAGACGCCGCCGGGGACGGAGGUGAGACAGGAGCUGGCGUUGCUCGGUGAAGAAGAGGCUGUAAAUUUGCUCCGUAAAAUAGCGGCCUCGACCAUAAAGAAAACAUUGAGUGCCUUUAUUAUGUACAUGAUCCGAAAACCCAAACAACCUCACUCUAAUAAUAAUCAUACUCCCUCGCCUCACAAAGUACCACGCGUCUCUCCGCUUCACACUCCCUCCUCUCCCUCUCCCUCUGCCCCUGCUUCACAAUCACAAGGUCGUCCAGUUACUCAAUCCACAAUUCCGGAGAGAUGGUCCCAGGCCUCUUUGACUUCACCAAAUGGGUACCUAAGAGGCUCAUUCUCUUCGAGUUUGGAAAAUGCUGUUAGUCCCAAGUUAGCGGCCUGGGGAGAGCUUGAGUUCCGAAAGGCAUUCCUAAUCCUAAGUUACAUCGGGAAAAACCAGCUCGAGCAUGUUGACAUAUCUGCAGAUGAAAUUAGAUCCUUAAAGCAUUUAGGAAUGGUACAUUUUGAGGAAAGAGUUUGGAAGGCCUUGGGACAAAAGUACAUCAUCAACUAUGAAGACCGACGAAGGACUCUUGAUUGGGACAUGAAAAAGACGCACAUUUAUCACUGUCAUGUUUCUUUGGAUGGGAAGUACAAGUUCAAGGGCCCAUAUUUGCACAAAACAAAAACUCACCUACAAAGAGUUUUAGGAGAUGAGAAUGUUUUGGUUGUCAAGUUUGCUGAAGAGGUGGCAGACAGGAGACAACUGGAUAUUUCCUGGGAUUCUUAUUCCAUGUACAAUAAGAUUGCAAGCGAAGGGAUUGUUGUUGGUUUCUAUCGCUAUCGGUUUUUUGUGUUUAAGGAUGGAGGCAAAGAAGAAAAGAAAAAAGACCCAACUUCUUCAUCUGUCAAGUGUUUUUUCAUUCGUAAGGAGUCAAUUGAAAUGAUUUAUGAAGCAAGGUCUUUAUUCAUGCAUGCACAUCGAUUGCCUAGUGUGGCCAAUUAUAUGGCUAGGUUUUCUCUUAUCUUGUCCAAGACCACAAAGCUAGAAGUUGAUUUAGCAUCUGUUAAUAUCCAAAGAAUUGAAGAUGUACUUUGCACGGAUCAAGAGGGUAAAGUUGUCUAUGAAAAACCUGAGAAACCUCGUAUACAUACAGAUGGAACUGGUUUCAUAUCUGAGGAUUUAGCUUUGAUUUGCGGUAAUAAUGUACACAGAGGAGAGCGCACAAGCGAUGAAAAUAUUGCGACAAAUCCCAGUAUUGUUGAACUUGAAAGUAAUCUUUUGGCAAUGCAACGGCAAGAGUCUAAAGCUCAAGAACCACCUUUGCUAAUCCAGUUUCGUCUCUUUAACAAUGGUUGUGCUGUUAAGGGAACCCUUUUGGUCAAUAAAAAGCUUCCUCCUAGAACAAUUCAAGUUCGACCUUCAAUGAUUAAAGUUGAGACAGAUCCAAAACUUUCAAAUAUCAGAACGGUGAAUUCAUUGGAGAUAGUGGGAACAAGCAAUCAGCCAAAGAAAACAUAUCUAUCGAGAAAUUUGAUUGCACUUUUAAGCUAUGGAGGUGUCCCAAAAGAAUAUUUCAUGGAUAUACUUUCAAAUGCUUUAAGUGAUGCUCAUGGAGUUCUCUCCAAUAAGGGUGCUGCACUAAGAGUUUCUGUUAACCAUGGGGAGAUGGAUGAUUUUAGUGUGGCAAGAAUGAUUUUAUCCGGGAUUCCUCUUGAUGAAUCAUAUUUGCAACAUCGACUCUCUAUACUGAUGAAGGAGGAAAAGAAGAGCCUUAAAGGAGGAAAGCUUCAUGUACCUGAAUGUUACUAUUUAAUGGGGACUGUUGAUCCCACUGGGCUACUUGAAAGUGAUGAAGUUUGUGUUAUUCUUGAUAAUGGACAAAUUUCGGGGAAGGUAUUAGUGUACCGGAAUCCUGGUUUGCACUUUGGCGACAUUCAUGUUUUAAAGGCCACCUAUGUGAAGGCCUUAGAAUCUUUCAUUGGAAAUGCAAAGUUUGCCAUAUUCUUCCCUUGUAAAGGUCCACGGUCCUUGGGGGACGAAAUAGCAGGGGGUGAUUUUGAUGGUGACAUGUAUUGGGUCUCAAGAAACCCUCAGCUAUUGGAACAUUUUAAAGUGAGUGAACCUUGGACACCAUCUUAUUCAGUGCAUAAAGUGCCCAAUAAUGCUAUCCCCCUUAAAAAGCCAACCGAUUUUUCAUCCAUGGAACUUGAACAAGAGCUUUUUAAACUAUUCCUGUCAACCAGGUUUCAGCCAAGUUAUGCUGUAGGUGUGGCAGCAGAUAGCUGGUUGGCACUGAUGGAUCGGCUUCUUAUUCUGGGAGAUGAUUGUACUGAAGAGAAAGUUCGUGUGAAAGCAAACAUACUAAAAUUAAUUGAUAUAUAUUAUGAUGCUUUAGAUGCACCCAAAAAGGGUGGACAAAAGAUUGAAGUUCCAAGAGAAUUGAAGGCUGAAUUGUUUCCACAUUACAUGGAGAGGGAUAAUUCUUUCAAUUCAACAUCAAUUUUGGGUUUAAUUUAUGAUACGGUUAAUAAAUAUCAAACAGAAGAUCAGUCCAUGAAAGAAGUUCGGAAACUUCCAUGUUUUGAUGUUGAAGUCCCUGAAGCCUGCAUGGAAAAAUGGAAGGAACACUAUGAGCAGUAUAGGCAGGACAUGACCGCAGCCUUGCAGAAUGGUUGUGAGGGGAAAAACGAGGCUGCUGAUGAAGUCAUAAAGAAGUAUAAGAUGAUAUUGUAUGGUGCUACAGAAUUUGAAGAGCGUAAAAGGGGGAUCGAUGAGGUUUACAAUGAGGCUCUUGCAAUAUAUCACGUCACUUAUGAUUAUGCUAAUCACCGAAGAGAUGCCAAAUAUUGUUUCUUUGUUUGGAGGAUUGCAAGUUCAGCCCUCCUAAACUUGUAUGCCAAGAAACAAGAUGAAAGGUCCUUUGUCUGUCUCAGAUCUGUAUUACGGGAGAUAUUUAAUUAGUUGACGGAAUAUUGUACAGUUCAUCAUAAAGAAAAUAACGUCUUCGAGUGUAACAUAUUAUUUAAAAGAGGUAGAGACUAGAGAACAUAUGUAUAGUAUAUUUUUUGGUACGUCGCCCAAAGAAAACUAGAACUGGUUAAAAUUGUCUAGGUUCCACGUAGUGGAAAUGACAAAUGUAUUAUAAGUACAUAAUAUGUUAUAUCUAGCUCCUCAAA